GACCUCGCUUGAUACUUAUUCUGGAGUAUCACGAGAAUUACUUUGUUACUACCCAGAUCAUAUCCUGUAGAAUGCCUCUCUCGCUCUGCAAGCUUGUUUGACCAGCACCAGCCAUCGACCACCACGAUCAAGCUGUUAUUCUACUGCCUUCAAUUUACACAUGUUUGUUGAACCAUAUACUGCGAGCAUGUUCUAUCAUCGUCUCCGAGAUCAACGGUUCCGGAUCUCGCCCUGUGUACCCUUGUCAGCUGUAACGAGCUGUCACGGUAUCUCGAUGGAUGGAUUCCCCGCUGAACAAUUUAGUCAAAGACGGAGUUGCAAGGCAUCGCGAACUUUUUUUUUCGACAACAUGAGUCCAUGGCCCUUGAAGCUUGAAGCUUAAAGUCUGAGUCUCAGCAUACGCCGAGAGGAGACGGCGCGAUCGUAUCACUUGGGCCGAUCCUUCAUACACGAAUCUGCGUAGAUCCAACGGGUGCAGAUAAGUAGGCUCAGUGAUUAUCAUGUCUGCCGCGAUGAUGGUGUUCACCUCGCGCAAUGCGCCUCUGACGCCUUUCCGCAGGUACACCGAAGACAUGUAUGGACAAAUUCAUCGGCCAACACUCUGCAAAACGAUAGUUUCCCCGCUCGCGCUCGUAAUCUGGAAGUUUGUAGGCAAUUGUGUGCCCUCAUGACGGUAAAUCACGUGUGCUGUCGCCAUUCCCAUUUCCAUUCACGCAACGCCCCCUCACACGCUGAUAGUUAUCGGAUUGCUUAUAAGUCGAUGGACGACGCUGGGCGUACGACGUACUCUACCGUCUCUGAGCACCAUGGCACCGGUCGCAACUACCGAAAAGAGCAACGGAUCGUCCAACGGCGCUUCCGCCAAGUUCGUGGCUGCGAAAGUCUUCAACCCCUUCUAUUCCCCGCCGGCUCCUGAAGGCGAUGACAAGGACUACAAACUUGCACAAUACAAGCCUCGCUUCCCCGACAUUAAAUGGCCGCCCCUCGAGGAACAGGAAGUUGUCGAGCGUGCCCAAUUUGCGGAUCCAGAGAAAAAGGCAUUGUUCUCAGCGGCAACCAAGGUCCAGCACCUGACACCUGCUAUCGGAACGGAAAUCCAUGGGAUCGAUCUCAGGCAGUUGACGAGCCAACAGAAGGACGAGCUGGCCCUCCUCAUUGCUGAGAGGGGUGUAGUGUUCUUCCGCGACCAAGACAUCAAUAUUCGUGAAAUGCUAGAGCUCCACCGCCACUACGGUCCUCUCCACAAGCACGCCACUACGGGUAUCCCUCGUGAACCUGGUCUGGAGGAGGUGCACGUGGUCUACAACGAUGCUUCUCGCCGGCCUGAUCCCUCUGCAUUCUCCAAGAUUGAUCUGUGGCACUCCGAUGUGACUUACGAAAUUCAGCCACCUUCCUACACCGCACUCAAGGUCAUCGAGGGGCCUCCCUACGGAGGCGACACCCUGUGGUCCUCGGGCUACGCACUAUACUCGUCCUUCAGCCCCUUCUUCCAAAAGUACCUCGAGUCCCUGUAUGCCGUACACAGCGCUGUCGCACAAGCCGACGGCGCGCGUGCGGCAGGACAGACGGUCCGUCGCGAGCCCGUCGAGAACGUCCACCCUAUCGUGCGUGUCAACCCCGCGACGGGCUGGAAGUCGAUCUAUGUCAACCCAGGUUUCACGCGCCGCAUCGUCGGCGUGCCCAAGUCCGAGUCCGACGCGAUCCUGAGCCUGCUCUUCCACCAGAUGAGCGAAAACCCAGACUUCCAGGUGCGCUUCCGCUGGGAGCCGAACUCGAUCGCCGUCUGGGACAACCGGGCCGUCACGCACUCGGCGACGUUCGACUUCUGGCCGCACAUCCGGCACGCCCUGCGCGCCACGCCGCAUGGCGAACGCCCGCUGUCCGUGGCCGACUACGAGGCGAAGACAGGCAAGGAGGCCAAGGACCGCCAGCUCGAGGUCUGGAAGCAGGCCGGCCUGCCGCUGCCGGAGACCGCAGAGCUCGGCAAGAACGCCCCUCGCGGAUACAACGACUGAGAUGGCGCCCUGUGGAAAUGGAACGCGGACGCUGUUGGUGUAUUUCUAGGCCGUGCGCUUGUUGUACGAAUGCGAUUCGGACGGGUGGAAUAGAAAAAUGUUUUUUUUUUUUUUU